AUUGAUUAGUGCGGGGGUGGUUCAAACAUAUUUAACUGUGUUGUGAAAAAAAGCCGUUAGAAGUUUUUGAUCUUUCACGUAUUAUUGUAACAGUUCAAUCUAAAAAGAGACACUUUUAAUCAGGUUAUGAUGAUUUAUCGUUGAGAAAGUUUUGAAAGAGAUAAAAUAACAUUAAAAAACGGAUGUGGUCAGGAAGUGCAAUAUUGUAUCACGUGAAAAUUAAAAGGAUUUUAUACCGGCUAUGCAAUAAACCGGCUUAGAAACCGCAUAAAAAAAGUUUUAACUAUGAAGUUUUUACUGAUGAAGUUUAGUAAAAAAUGUAUUUUUUCUGGCGCAUUUUUGACUUUUUAUAUUCUGAUCUAUUUUUUAUAUUCAAAUAAUUUUUUGACGUCGUGCAGUGUUAAUUGGUUCAGUAGCGACGAAUUGGAGUUCAGCUACAUAGUUACAAAAGAAAAAGCAUUCGACUCAAACAAAUUUGAAAGGAAAAUUAAAUUUUCAACUAAUAUUGAUGACGAAACAAAAGAACUAGCUAGCAAGGAACUCAUUUUUAUAUCAAAAAAACAGUACGAAAAUGGAGAUAUACAGCUUGACGAAACAAAAAUUAAGCAAACUCGACAAGAUCAGUUAACAUACGAAAGUAAAAGUGUUUAUAAAAAGUUUAUACAUGAAAAGAAAAAGUAUAUUUUUGCUUUGCGACACUAUGAACAACUUGCAAAAGCCACAAAAAACUUUCUUGCGUUAUCAUCACUGGCAACGGACACUAGUCGUCAUCUUGUAAUGCCUUUUGUCAAUAACUCGCGCUUUUGCGGUCUUAAACUUGGUCUUUCUUAUUCAAGGUUUCUAGAAGCAAAAAAAUUAAAUCAAAGCAAUGACGAAGAAUACAAAGGAAAUAAAUUUAGCGAACUUGAUCGGUAUUUUAAUGUUGAUCAUUUGCAUUCUAAAAUGUCAUCUCACGGUUAUUCAAGCCUUGUCACUUUUAAAGAAUUUUCAAAAGAAUGCAAAACCUUAGAUGUAGUUAUUCAUUUUCUUUACAAUGAUUCAAUAUCUUUAAAUGAAUUUUCCAGGUGGUAUCAAAAGACUAAAGUUCAGUAUGAACAUAUUUUAGACGAAGCUUCUAAUAACAAUGGGUGGAUCGAAUGCAGCUUUGUUAAACAAUCACAGAUAGCAGAAUUUUUGAACGUUAAAGUGAAUCGAUAUGUGUGUGUUAACCCAGAAAUUAUAAAAACAAGCAACCAACUUGAAAAUCUUAUAUUAAAAGGUAGUCAAUGCGUUGGAAUAGUAUCUUGGAAGGGAAAUGGCGUAAGAAGAACACACUUUCCAAUAUCUCCAUUUAUAAAAAAACAGUUACAUUCUUAUGACAUUCAGCACAGCCAGCGCCUAAUAGAUAUUGCAUAUGAUUACGUCAAAAACAUUAUGCAGCAACCCUUUAUAUCAAUACAUGUUCGUAGCGAACGUCAUCUUUUAGGAAAGGGAUAUCGUGCAACACGCAAUUGUAUACAACAGUUAUGCGAAAAGAUAAGACUUAAAAAUACAACUUAUAAAAUAUUUUUAGCUAAUGAUCUUAAAGACGGUUCUGAUACACUAGUUGAAAGUACACAUUUCCAUAAACGUAAUCGCACACUAAAUUACUUAAUUAAAGAGUUAGGUAAUCCGCACGUAUUUCGUGCAAGCAAUUAUGGUUUGUAUGAUCGAGGUGAAAUUGCUAUUGUUGAAAUGAAUAUUUUAAGCAUGGGUGAGUCUCUAUAUACACUUGGAGGGGGAAACUUCCAAGAAUGGAUUGAAGAACUAUUUAUACAACACAGCUCCAAAGAUAGAUCGCACGUUAUUAAAACGUGUUCUCUUCCUAUUACUUUGAUGGAAUUUCCAAAACAUAAUCCCGAACUUGAAAUAAAAAGCAAAACAGGAUAAUUUCCAAAGAAAAAUAACAUUUAGAAGUAAUUGCAUUUUAAAAUAUAAGAGUUAUAUAUAUCACGUGUUGUAAAUAAUGUUAUUCUAUAUUAUAGUAGAAAAAAAAUAUUUAUAUGAAUUAUGUAAGUAGAUAGAUUUAUACUAUGUAUAAAAUGUAAAAAAGUUUAGUAUUUUUGUAAAAAUUAUUAAGAAAAAUAAAAAUUUAUGCAGUUUUGAAUAAAUGAAAACCUUGCCUUUA